AUGUUAAGUGUAGUUUUUAAUUUCUAUAGAAAAAUUAAAUUAAAUCUAGAAGAUAAAAUACAAUAAAAAAAUGAAGAAUUUUAAUAAUCUUAAUCUUAAUCUAAUGAAUAUAAAAUUGAAGAUUAAAUUGAAAUUCGAUCAAAAAAUUAUUACGGAAAAUAUACUUAUAAAAUUCCGUUGUAAUUCAAAAAUAUAGAUUAAGAAAACUAAUUUUAUUAAUGA